AAGUGUCAUUAAUCCAUGAAAUUGGUUUUACUUAUUGAUGGUAUUCAGAGAAUUCAAGUUUGGGGCCUCAGAGCAUGGAGAAAUUUUGAAGGUCAUUAACAGUGAACCAAACAAGACGGUUGAACAAGCAAAAUUACACACUAUUUUGGUUCUUUACAUAUUUUUAUAUGUACAAAUUGUGACAGUUCGGUCAAACCACUUUUUAACAUUGAUUUUCGUGUCUCAUUCUUGAACAAAUUGUCAAAAAUGACUUUCAAACUAUUUGCUGCAAUAUUAUAGGCCAUGCCAGUAAGCCCCCAAUGCGCAGGAGCUUACAUUAUAAACUUGAUUGCUUUUUGGCUGCUUUUACUGCUUCACCCCGCCACAGUUUCCACGCUAGGCUUAAAGAACUGCUCCUUCAUCGACGGCCACAUACUGGAGUUUGUGUGCCACGGAAAGUAUGAACGCCAAAUUCGGCUGCAAUAUAAGGAUCGAAACCCCGCUAUUAACGCGCCCUACUCCAUCUGGCAGCGCGCCGAUUACUUUGGCUCCUCAAUGCUGCUCAUUGUAUUCUACGAGGGACCGUUGACCCGAUGCUACAACAUUGUGUACAGCGAAGGGCUCUUCUAUUGCAAUGGCCGCAACUAUCCCAUGGAGCUGGACGAGUCUAUUAUUGUGAACUGCAUCCCCUUCCAGUUUACGUACGCAGAUGAGCUGCACAAGCGGUGUAAAACAUCGAAAAAGACCCAAUAUGCGUCCACUAUUUCAUCAGUCAUCAUCUACAUGGAGUCGAAUAUACAACCAGGUUCGGGAGCAACAAAGUAUCUGUAUUGUUCCAAUCUUCUUGUUAUAGUUAUAUUGCUUUUACGAUUUUAAAUCUAAACAUGACAAAUUUAUUUGGUAAACAAUAAAAAUGAGAAAAAGCGAUUGG